CAAGGUAUUUCUGAACUGACUGAGAUUUGACAUUUGUUUGUCUGUGCAGUCAUCAGCUGUGACACGACAUCCAACUUAGAGCUUUCUCAUUACACAGAUACAAAGACUCCAUCAUGUCUUCCACAUUGGUCAUCAAGCAGCCUCAGCCUGUGAUGGAGGCCCGGGACUCAGAUGAGUGGGGAUCGGGGAUAUGUGACUGCUGUCAAGACAUGCCUGAGUGUUGCUUUGCUUUCUGGUGCUGUCCAUGCUUCGCCUGUAAAACUACUAAGGCCUAUGGUCAGUGUCUCUGUCUCCCCCUGCUGGACAUGUUCGGCAUGAUCCCUGUCACCACCAUGUCCAUGAGGGUCAGCAUGCGGCAGCGCUAUGGCAUCAAAGGCACCAUGUGUAAGGACUGUCUGUACGCUGCCUGCUGCUUGUCCUGCAGCUGGUGUCAGAUGUCCAGAGAGAUGAGAAGAAGAAAAAUCCAAGUGGUUCUAGUCAGCGCCAAGAACACAUGAACACAUCUCUCGCUGCUCGUUGACAGCACCAGGGCUGCAUGUAUUUCAAUAAACAACCUGCUUUGGCUGUUACUAUCAUGUUAUAACUACUGACUAGUGCCAUAUAGAGCUUGAAGUGCUCGUGCCACUGAGUGAAAAACUCUCGCCAUGAAUGUGUGACUGUAAAACGAAUAUAUUAAGGAGAGAGGAUAAGAACCAAUUAGCAUUUAUUAACCAAUUAACCAAUGAAUAUUCUUCCUGUUUGGUUCUGUAAUUACUCACACAACAUAACUUCAUCAGUCAUCCUACUUUAUAGAUGUUGUAUAUGCUUGUAUUGUUUUAUUUUUGCUAAUAUCCAGUAUAUCUGGUCUACAAUUAAAAUUGGUUUGCAAUAAAUUAAACAUAGAGUGAUGCAAUAAAAGUUUAUUAAUUAUAAUAAUAAAUAAUAAUUCUAAUAAUAAAAGUUUUAUUUUAUAUAAAAAAAUUCUAGUAAGCCUAGUUGCUAUCCUAGUUUUAUUGAUAUUUUGACAUUUUACUUUUAUUUGAUUUUAGUUCAUGUUCACUAAUGUCACACUGAAUAUGCCAACCUUUCAAUAAUUAUUGUAAAUAAAAAAAUAGUUAUUGAA